GAUAAAAAAAAAAGAAUCAAGCAUAGCAAAUUGAAAAACAAUACUACAGUAAGAACAGACUUGUGUGCAGGCAAUGGGUUAGCCGGUGGGGUUUACGGACUAUCAACUGGUGAAAGUGAGCGGAGUUGGAUGGAUGCGGAAGGGUUUUUUCUGAGUCCUUCAUAAACAAACACUAUUUAAAAAAACACGAAACGCCGUGUACUGCUUUAAAGGGACUACAAUGCCUUUGUUUUCGGCGAAUCCGUUUGACCAGGAUGUGGAGAAGGCAACGAAUGAAAACAACACAGUAGAGGACUGGGGCCUUAUUAUGGACAUCUGUGAUCGUGUUGGAACUACACCUAACGGAGCUAAAGAAUGUUUGAAAUCCAUCAUGAAGAGAGUAAACCACAAAGUUCCACAUGUUGCAAUGCAGGCUUUGAGUUUGCUGAGCGCCUGUGUUUCAAACUCUGGGAAGAUUUUUCACUUAGAAAUAUGUUCUCGAGACUUUUCCAGUGAGGUCCGGAGCAUAUUAAAUAAGGCUCAUCCAAAGGUUUGUGAGAAGCUGAAGGCGUUACUGGUGGAGUGUGCGGACGAGUUUCAGAAGGACCCCCAGCUCAGCCUCAUUGGUGCAACAAUCAAGUCUCUGAAGGAGGAGGGGGUGACUUUUCCUAGCUCUGGCUCACAGAGUACAGCUUCUACAAAGACCAAUACUCCUUCACCGAGCAACAUUGCAGAUGAUGAUUUAGCAAAAGCUAUUGAGCUGUCCUUGCAGGAGCAACAGCGUCAGCCAGAGACUCGACCGCUUGCUAUGCCAGCAGACCCACCCUUCAAUAACAAUAAAGACUCUCGAAAAGUCCGUGCCCUCUAUGACUUUGAGGCAGUGGAAGACAAUGAACUCACGUUUAAAGCAGGAGAACUUCUCAUUGUUCAAGAUGACAGUGACCCAAACUGGUGGAAAGGAGAGAACCACAGAGGAGUUGGACUGUUUCCUUCUAACUUUGUAACAACUAACCUGAACGCAGAGCCUGAACCAGUGGUAUUUGUAGAGAAAACCAGUUUGCCAGAAGAAACAAAACAAGAAACUAAAGAAGAACCUGAACCAGUUUUCAUAGAUGAGGAAAAGAUGGACCGAACCCAGCACUUGCUCCAGAACACUGACCCUGCAGAUACAAAGCCGGACUCUGCAGAAUUGAUACAUUUGGAAGAUGUUUGUCAACAGAUGGGUCCAAUGAUUGAUGAAAAAUUAGAAGAGAUUGACAGAAAACAUUCAGAGUUAUCAGAAUUGAAUGUGAAAGUUCUGGAGGCCCUGGAACUUUACAACAAGCUAAUGCAUGAGACUCCAAUGUAUUCCGUCUAUUCUAAGAUGCAGCCUCAGGCACAUUACCCACAGACGUCAGCUGGUGUCCCAAUGCAGGCAUACCCUGGUGCGACUCAAAGUGCAACAUACAUGGCUUCAGGCAUUCCCCAAGUGACUCCUGGCCAGGGCUACAGUUUAGGACCUGACCAGAUUGGCCCUCUGAGGUCACUUCCUCCAACUGUUAAUUCAACAAGCCAGCCUGGCCAGACGUCAUACAUGAGCGCUGGUAUCAAUGCAGCUUAUAUGAACCAGGCCCCGGGUGGCCCCGCCCCUUAUCCACAGCAAGUAGGCGUGGCUAUGGACAUGUCAUCCUAUCAGAACAGUAAUCCCAACAUGACUCAAGCAUCCAGUUAUCCAAUGGCAACUCAAGCUCAUCCCGCCCCACAGCAGCAAGCUAACUAUUACCAGCAACCUCUCCUUUAGACAACAAAAAAAAACUUUAGUGCAUUUCAUUGAAAGCAGUUAAAACAACAACAAAAAAAGUUUGAUCGCAUGGUUUUAAUCAUGGCAUUGAAAUAUUCCUGUUAUAGUUGGCAGAUCCUAAGACAUGACGUCAGUUUUGACAGUUAGAGAAUGGAGUUGGCUGUCUGAAGUCGGGAAUGAAAACCAGGUGCAGAAGUCCCAUGCACAAUUAUGAAUUUUUGUUUAGUUUUUAAAUUAUUAUUUUAAAAACGUUUAUUAAUUUGAAACCAAUAUCUCCCUAGGUUUCUCUUGCCAUUCUUAAAGCCUUUCUUUUUUACGGUAAAAGGCAUCUUAAACUAAAUAAUUGCUGUCAAUCUAAAGGCCCCCCCACCUGUUAAUAAGGAUCAACCGCUACAGAGUGGCAUUAGUGACUUGUUGCUUUUUUUUGAGGCGCCACAUGUGUGCUAUUAUUAUUAUUAUUAUUAUUAUUAUUAUUAUUAUUAUUAUUAUUAUUAUUAUCAUUAUUUCUAUAUUAAGCAGACGCCUUUAUCCAAGGUUACUUACAGAGACUAGGGUGUGUGAACUAUGCAUCAGCUGCAGAGUCACUUACAACUAUGUCUCACCCGAAUGACAGAUCACAAGGAGGUUAAGUGACUUGCUCAGGGUCACACAAUGAGUCAGUGGCUGAGGUGGGAUUUGAACCGGGGACCUCCUGGUUACAAGCCCUUUUCUUGAACCACUGGACAACACAGUACCGUAAUUGCAUACAGCUUUUCAUUAACAAGUUAGCCAGUUGUGUCCUAAAGAUUUCUCUUGAUUUUAUUAUACUGUGCUUUCACAAUUUAAACAUACCCAGUGCCAUCGGGAUUGAAACGUAUGGUUAAAUUAACAGAACAGGUGCUGACCCUCCUUGAUAACAAAUUGAAUCAAACUCUGCAAAAUUAAGAUCUUAUAAUAUCUGGCUGUCAGAAUGGCACAUAACUUUGAGAUAUUACAAGUGUUUUCUUUUUCUGUUUUUUUUUUUUUUUCUUUUUUUGCCAAGAUUCACUUAAUCUACAUCCGACGUUUAGAAAUAUAGGUUUGGGUGUUUUGUUAUUUUGUUGUUUUUUUAAAUCCAGAAUGUAAAGCCUUUAAAAUCCUUAUAGUGUAAAAACAUCCGUGCUCUCUGCUGAUCAUUCUACUGGAUUCCACCCUGUUGUGCGUGGUUUACUUUCUACUGUAGAGAAGUGGGAUAUUGCACAAUUCAUUUACACAUUCAGCUGUUUAAUUGUCUGUAUGUCUUGCAAUCAAUCUUUCUACUGUCCUAAUUCUGUGCAUUCCAAACACAUACUUUCACAUAUAGACAUCGGUAACUAGCAGUGGCAGGACAUCUUUUUAUAAGCUGUUGCUGUCAUGGCCUAGAUAAUACAGCAUUGAACAGGCUUGUUUGGUUCUACAGUACACAUUUUGAUAUGCAAAGACUAGUUUACGCUGCACAGUGAGAUGGAAACUCUAGUUCUAAUGUUAAUUUAAUAUUUGUAAAUGACAACUCAUGACAUAACUUAUUUCUUUGUGUUCUUUUGAAAAAGAUAAAUACAUGCAUAUGUACCUGCUUUACUAUCUGUAUGCAAAUGAAAACUGGAUUGAAUUUUAAUUAGGAUCUCUUUCUCUGGAAUGUCAGCCCUCUUAUUCAAAUGUAAUUUCAAGCAACACAAGCAAAUUGCAACUAUAUAUAUAUAUAUAUAUAUAUAUAUAUAUAUAUAUAUAUAUAUAUACACACACACAGUGCCUUGCAAAAGUAUUCAGACCCCUGACCAAUUCUCUUAUUGCUGAAUUACAAAUGGUACAUUGACAUUUUGUUCUGUGAUAUUUUAUUUUAAAACACAAACUCAAUAUCAAUUAUUGUAAGGUGACAUUGGUUUUAUGUUGGGAAAUAGUUUUAAGAAAAAUAAAAAACGGAAAUAUCUUGUUUGCAUAAGUAUUCAACCCCCACACAUUAAUAUUUGGUAGAGCCACCUUUCGCUGCAAUAACAGCUUUAAGUCUUUUGGGGUAAGUAUGUACCAGCUUUGCACACAGUGUCGGAGAGAUUUUGGCCCAUUCUUCUUGGUAGAUUUGCUCCAGGUUGUUCAGGUUGGUUGGACGAUGCUUGUGGACCGCAAUUUUGAAAUAGUGCCACAGAUUCUCAAUGGGAUUGAGAUCAGGACUUUGACUGGGCCACUGUAGGACAUUCACCUUUUUGUUCUUGAGCCACUCCGAUGUUGCUUUGGCCUUGUGCUUGGGAUCAUUGUCCUGCUGAAAGGUGAAUUUCCUCCCAAGCUUCAGUUUUUUAGCGGACUGAAGCAGGUUCUCUUGCAGUAUUUCCCUGUAUUUUGCUCCAUCCAUUCUUCCUUCAAUUUUAACAAGAUGCCCAGUCCCUGCUGAUGAGAAGCAUCCCCACAGCAUGAUACUGCCACCACCAUACUUCACUGUAGGGAUGGUGUGUCUUGAGGCAUGGGCAGUGUUAGGUUUGCGCCACACAUAGCGCUUUGAGUUUUGGCCAAAAAGCUCUAUCUUGGUGUCAUCUGACCACAAAACCUUUUCCCACAUCGCAGCUGGGUCACUCUCAUGCUUUCUGGCAAACUCCAGACGUGCUUUCAGAUGGUACUUUUUGAGUAACGGCUUCUUUCUUGCCACCCUCCCAUACAGGCCAGUGUUAUGCAGAGCUCUUGAUAUGGUUGACUGGUGCACCAUUACUCCACUCCCAGCCACUGAACUCUGUAGCUCCUUCAAAGUGAGUGUUGGCCUCUCUGUGGCUUCUCUCACAAGUCUCCGUCUUGUCUGAGCGCUGAGUUUUGAGGGACGGCCUUUUCUUGGCAGUGCCUGGGUGAUGUGAUGCAGCUUCCACUUCCUGAUUAUUGAUCCAACUGUGCUCACUGGGAUAUCCAAACACUUGGAUAUUAUUUUGUACCCUUUCCCUAAUCUAUGUAUUUGUAUUACUUUAUCUCUAACUUCUGUAGAAUGCUCUUUGGUCUUCAUUUUCCUUCAGAUUCACAGCCUGACCAAUGAUCCUUCCACAGUGGGGUUUUUUAUCCAGAAAAUGUGACAGCAACUUUAAUGGUUCACAGGUGGAGGCCAAUGGUAAGGUAAUUGUGUCCUCGUUAGGGCAAUUUCUUUCAUCGGUGUAAACUGGGAGCUUCCACAGCACGGGUUGAAUACUUAUGCAAGCAAGAUAUUUCAGUUUUUUAUUUUUCUUAAAAAUAUUUCCCAACAUAAAACCAAUGUCACCUUACAAUAAUUGAUUUUGAGUUUCAGUGUUUUAAAAGAAAAUAUCAAACGGAACGAAAUUUCAAUGUACCAUUUGUAAUUCAGUGGACUCUUGACCGGAGGGUCGUGGGUUCAAUCCCCGGUGGAGGACACUGCUGCUGUACCCUUGAGCAAGGUACUUUACCCAGAUUGCUCCAGUAAAAACCCAGCUGUAUAAAUGGGUAAUUGUAUGUAAAAAAUAAUGUAAUUGAAUGUAAAAAAUAAUGUGAUAUCUUGUAACAAUUGUAAGACGCCCUGGAUAAGGGCGUCUGUUAAGAAAUUAAUAAUAAUAAGAAGAAAUGAAUAAUAAUAAAGAAUUGGUCAGGGGUCUGAAUACUUUUGCAAGGCACUAUAUAUAUAUAUAUAUAUAUAUAUAUAUAUAUAUAUAUAUAUAUAUAUAUAUAUAUAUAUAUAUAUAUAUAUAUAUAUAUAUAAAUAAAUAAUAUGCAAACAUGUUUCAAACACUGAUGGACAUUGGGGAGCCUGAAGUACAGUUGCUGUUAAAUUGUAGUGUGCUUUAUGUUCAUUUCAUCUGUCAUAUUUUAAUUAUAUAAAUUUGGAGAAACAUUUAUUUUCCUGACACAUGCAGUCCUGUACAUUAGAUUUAAGGUAUUCUACAUUAUUGUUAUUGCACCUUACCUUUUAUAUAGCUCUAUACAAAAAUAAUAAUCUCAGCCACAGGCUGCCUUCCUUUCUGUAAAGAAACAGAAGAGGAGUUCAUUUGAAAAGCUGCUGUAAACGAUAAGCAAUAUCAUAUGCAAGGUUUCUUUUGGAAGUUUUUAUUCAGUGCUUGCACAUACUCUUGUGAACCAUUUUUUAUAACAUUGAAAUUCUUAAUCUCUUGUUAUAUUUGCAUUGUACAAUGUUUCAUUUGUAAUUACUGGUAUAUACUAAGAAGCCUUUAAAAUAAACGUCAUCCUGUUUUAGGAGGUUGUUGAAAAGGC